AUGGCCCCCCCUGGCCCUCUCAUAGCUCCACCACUGCUUCCUUCCUUCUUCAAGGUCGUGCUCGACCCAUCCCGCCCUCACCUGCCAUUGCCACCUGGUUUUAUCAGCAAGCUAUUGGAGAACAAGAUACCUGAGGACCUAUUACUCCAAUCUGUAAAUGGAGAGUAUUCAUGGAAAUUAAAGAUCAAAAAUUUUGGUGAAGUUUACUGCAUUGCCGAUGGAUGGAGCAACGUCCUUAAAGAUACCCAGUUGGGUACUGGGGAUAUUCUUCUCUUUAGACUCGUUCAUCACUCCACCUUCAAACUUUCAAUUUACAGUCCAGAUGGGUGUGAAAAAGAACUCCCCACAAAAAUGCAGGUUGAACAUGAUGUUGUUGUUGAUGAAGAAGAAAAAGGAGGAGGAGGAAGAGAAGGCGAGGAUGAUGAUUAUGUUGAUAACGGUGGUCGUCGUCAUGAUGGUGGUGGCGAAGAUGACAAUGGUGGUGGUGAUAUUGAAGAGAAUCCGUUCUUUAUGAAGAUUAUAUCUAAAGCCCACAAGUUUUAUUUGCGGCUUCCAGCAGAGUUUGUGAGAUUGGCCGGAAUGAAUGAAGAAAGAAUGAUAAGAAUGAAGAAUGUUGAUGGCAAGGAGUGGAAGAUGAGCUUAAAGUUGGAGAGAAGUCGGAAAGCUAAAAGGAGGCCUAGAGGGCGGCCACGGCGGGUGGAGAAAAUGGUGACAGACAAAGCUCCGGCAACUGAAGUACCGAAAGAGGAAGAGAGGGCGGCCACCGCGUGUGAUGGCGGAAAUGGAAAGUAA